AUGGCUACGUUUGCCACCAACAAGGAACUCAAUGUGAGCACCGGCCGAGAUGUGCAUUUGAGCGUGAGUAGCUUUUCGGCUGUCUCGGCUGUUGAAGAUCGCGAUAUCGCACCUGCAACCGCAACGACGGAAAUUUUUGGCUGUUUCCAAUCCUUGAAGACCCUUUUACACCCUAACCUCUGCGAGUACGUGGAAAUUGUGAAGGGAAAGCAUGAUCGAUUGUUUGUUGUAUUCGAAUAUUUCGACUAUCACACGUAUCGCGUCGGCAAAUUAUAUAAACGCGGCGAAGAUGGUAGUUUGCAAGUAUCGAGUGUCGGAAUAUCCAUAAUACGUGAAUGGGCGUUCCAGAUUCUUAAGGCGCUCGCAUACCUGAAUGAAAAUGACAUCACUCAUCACAAUUUGGCCCCAAGCAACAUUCAUAUUGAUUCCGAGGGGAAACUAAAACUAUCAGAUUACGGGUUGUAUCACAUGUCAAAGGGUGGCGCUAAUGUAGAUUUUCCAAUAGGCUACCCACAUUAUCUCCCACCCGAGGCAAUCUAUCGUUCAACUGACAAGCUUGAAGCGACUGGAAAGGUUGACGUGUGGUCACUGGGUAUAAUAUUAGCCGAGAUUCACACCGGAUCACCAUUUUGGAAAGGAAAUGACAAAGACAUUGAUAAGAUUUUUUCCGCAUUACGGCAGCUUCAAUCUUUCGCAGAAAUGGAGGAGGUUGAAGUUUGGGAUCACUUUUACAUAUUUGAGCUGGGUAUAAGUGACGCAAUACUGGAAUUUCUCCAAGGGACGGACGAUGAAUUUCGAAAAUUUGUUCGAUCUUGCCUGGAGGUUAAUGUGUCUGCCAGAUGUUCACCCGAGCAGCUGUUAUCCCAUCCAUUUUUAUCGCCGAUAUACGAACGCGGGCUCAGUAAACAGCACAAAUACUGGUGGAUCAAGCCUUUUUUGCAGUCUCAAAUAUUAGACAUUGACGAAAUUGAUGAUGAUUAUUCACUGGAACCCCAAGAGGAACCUCACAACAAAGAUGUGCUUGAAGGAAUUCCGUUAUCUCAAAUCUACUACUUUUGGAAACUGGCAGGUGGGGAUGUGGAAUCUGAAUUGGCUAAAAGAGGGUACCUCCUGAGCACACCACCGAUCGAGAGAAUACCGAGAACAGUAAAAGUGCUAGAUGGUAAAGAGGAGGGCACGACAAAUGACACCGCCUUUUUAUACUCGGAUACCAACUACAACCUAUCCCUGGAGGAACUUCGGCAGAGACUGGAAAUGGCCACCGGUCCAAACAAGGAAACAUUUGUGGAUACAGAAUAUUUUCUUGCUGGCGACGAGGAUGACAUGAACUUUUUGGCUGACGAGAUGUCCGAUGAGGAUAAUUCUAAUUCGGAUGCAUUACCCGAGAAAUAUCUGUUCCCCGAUCUUAACAAUAAAACAAACUCGACGACAAAUGGGACAAACCAUUCACCCAAUAAUGUGAAAUUACCAUUACUCAUACGAGAAAAAGAUGUUGGAUAUCAAUUCCAGAGAGUCGCACUGUUUUCCGAGUUGCUCAGGCAAUAUCCGAGUUCACGUGACGAAAUUAUUCAUCACGCCAAAGUUGACAUACCACCCUUUUUGCGCGGGAAAAUUUGGGCAGCUAUCCUCGGGAUCAGCGGUGAUUAUCAGGCUGUCUACGACUCCUAUGAUAAGGAGAGUGAAAAGGAAACGGACCGUCAGAUUCUUGUGGGUCCACCCUCUUUGCCAUUAUUUGCCGGCAUCUCAAUAUUGAGGCAGCUACGAGAUUCACUCAUAAAUUCCGAAUUUAACGAUUGCAUCAUGAUUUUCUCCGAGUCUUUUCCGGACGUCGAUAUUGAGAAGUGCAUUCAAUCAGCUCUAUCGAUGUUUAAAGUCACACCGCCUUCCGUUUACUAUCGUGUACACGAACCGCGCGCAGCAUCGGAUAAACCAUCAAAUUAUGAGAAUCAAAAUCAUACGGCUCAACGUUGGUGGGAACAACCCACGCCCAUCGAAACGAAAAAGAUUGAAUUGGCUCCGAGAAUAUCACUCAAAGACUUGGUCAAGUUGAAAAACCAUGUAUUGGUGAUUGACACGAGGAGUGAGCAAGAGUUUGCGAGAGGUCAUUUUCCAUUAUCGGUGAACAUGAAUUCGGCGCACCUGGAACAAUUUUCACCGACAUUAUUACAAGAGAAAAAAAAAUAUCAUGUAGUAGUCGGUAAGCGAGGAGAUUCUGGACCUCAGUUUGCCGCUGAUCUGGUUAACGCGAAUUUUCCUCGUGUGGCUGUUUUGACGGGAGGAAUUGAUGUCAUGAGGGUGGAAGAAGGGGUGGUCGUUUGUGCGUGUCGCCCGACCAAAGUUCUGGUCACAAAGAAUAAAGAUGGGAAGGAUAACGCAAAUGUCGACGAAUCAUCCUUGUCGAUUGAUAGAAUAUUUGCGUUUUUGGAAUAG